AUGGCCGCUGAAACGAACGCCGUCAGAAAACUUUGGUGCGAGCUUCUUUCUUCUGACAUAUACAAGAAUUCAAAGGAUUACAACAAGAACAUGAGUUCACAUCAUUUUUCUAUGCAAACACCUUGCUCUUCCUCUCCAUGCCAAAAUGGAGGUACGUGUUUAACAAACUACAAAGAAGACACCUAUCACUGCCUCUGUGAAGACGGCUUUAUUGGAACAUAUUAUGAAAAAGAACGAAUAUUUUGUUUCCCCAAUAAGAACCGAUGCAGUAAUAACCCAUGCCUUAACAAUGGGACUUGCCUUAAUGGGUAUACCAAGAAAGGCUACAUUUGUCUCGGUGGAUCUCUCUACAAUGGAGAAAACUGUGAAACAGCUGAACAUCUCGUGGAGCGCAACUCCAGCGAAUGGAUGCUGAUAAUAAAGAUGGACGGCAGUAAGGGCACUUUUUCCUAUGAUUCCGUUCUGUGGACCAAUAAGGAUACUUUUAACCUUCCCGGAGGAAAAACUGGGCUCCACACACAAGAAACUAAGCUACCAACUUACAGGGAGAAACCUUUUUGCAAGAUCUGCCUUGGUAUGAGGAUCGGAAGUCACACCAAUUUCAUAGUCAUUCACAUGGAGGCAACUUCCCUUUAUUCACUGAUCGCUGACGGGCAGUAUCGUGCCAUUUCGCUUGGUCGUGAUAAAUGGAAGUCGUUGAUUGGUGCAGACGCAUCCCUGCAGCUUAACUGCAACAAAGAGGGUUGCAAUUCACAGGGCUCUCCCAUGAACUCUAAAGCAAGGAUUGGUAUUAUUGGUAACGAGCAAUCUAAUUGCGAAAGUACUGAUUCCAGAAUCGGUUUUGGUACAGGAGGCAGCCCUGACAAAUCCAUCACGUGUGGCAACGUGGCUAGUUUUGGACCAGAUAAUGGAAACAGAUAUCUUAAGGCAAUGGGAUAUAUCAUGGUACAGUGA